UUUGGUGCUGUAAAUCACAUCCGCCAGUUUUUUGGUGUCCAUGGUACUGUAAUCUACCUCUAGUCUGCUGUAUACAGCGAAGACAUGAAAGGUCAUAAUACAAGUCAGGCAAUUGGAAUAACUGCACAUCGAGGUGAUUAUGAAUCGAGGUGAAGAAUGGAGAAGCAUCAUUUAGCAGACGAGUGAUUGAAAUUUGAGAGGAUCCAACUAUUUCUAUGCGUUCCUUUGAUCAUGGGUCCUGGUUAUGAGUUAUCUGGGUGUUGACUGGAUGGGCAUUUGAGAAAGAGGUGGCAAUUAAGCGGAAACUGCUUUUUGCACGUACUAAUUUCACUUUGAAAUGAGGGAAGUGUGAAGAACAUGCUUUUCUACCCAUUUGAAAGCUUUGGCCUGUUUUCUUUUAAUGGGAAUGGAAUGCGAAUCAUGGGGGCACAAGGAAAGCGAAAACUCACCUGAGCAGUGAGUAUAAUUCAAUGCAGAUGCAAGAGGAACGAUUUUCGCCCCGGUGAGAAUCGGUUGAACGUAACCGGGAGUGACGAGUGUUAAGCAAGAAAGCAUGGUUGUAAGUGUUGGCUAUGGCUUCAAGAUGGUAAAAUCAACCAGAGUCAAAUGGGUUAAACUGUGACUUUGACAGGAAAUUCAGCCACAGCAUCUUCUUCUCUACUAAAUAGUCUCCCAGCAGUGAAAAAUACGGUAUAGCCAGGCGGCAGGCAGUAAUGUUUGCUCUUUAGAUCAAUCACUUUCACUCUUGAAACAUGAGAGAAGUUAUCAGGCCAUUCCCCUUUAACAGGAUAAGAACAGAUAGGGUCACUACACUAGAGCGUGCUAAGAUGCUCUGGGCAGUUCCAUCAUCUGUAAUAAGCUCACCUAUUACUUCUGGAUCUUGAUCCACCACCCCGCAGGCCUCAACAAAGGGAAAAAAAAAAGGUUUUUCCCUUUUGGUGUCUUUUGUUCAGUUGGUUGCUUUGAUGGGGAGUCCAUAAGUCUCGGAUGAGGUAGGAAAAAUGACCGACAGAUUCUAACAACUGACCAAACCGUUCGAGAAUUAAGCCAAAAUCACACGGCAAACUAUACUUAAUAAGUGCAACCGUCCUCUGUUUUUUUCUCAGACACACAUUGAAGUUCACGCCCCCAUCAUGCUCUUAUCAAUGUCUGACUCCUGACUACUGCUCCUUGUCUGCUCCUGCAACGCCUCCCUCUGCUUUGGCUGUGUGUUACAACCUUCCCACAGAGAGAGAGAGAGAGAGAGAGAGAAGCAGAGUUCUUCCAAAGCAGCAAUCGAAGGAACCUGAAAAAAUCUCAGUCAUUACAUCGACCGCACAUUCUCUGCUUUCACAGUGGCCACCACUGCCGCUCCGGAUGAUUGGUCGGUCGACAACCCAAAAAAAGAAGAUGCUGCUCUCGGCUUUUCUCCUCCCUUUUUGACCCAUUAGCGUCCAAGCACGACUUUUGUCUUGUUCUCAGAUGAAUCUAUAUCACUCUGUGUUUGUACCUCGGUGUACUUUGAGCUAGCGCGAGUCAUCAGUUCCCAACCUUGAUCGUUUGCCUCCCCAAAAGCCAUGGAGAAGAAGUACCGCUCUUGCGUUGACUUAUUAUUCUGCACGAUGCUCUUGAGUGUUGCUUUCACUGAAGGAGCUCCAAAAGAGUCCCUCGUCACAUAUUUGCCCGGCUUCACUGGCACUUUCCCUUCACGCCACUACUCCGGGUACGUGAACAUAGAUGACAAUACAGCUGGAAGAAAUCUUUUCUACUACUUGGUCAUGUCAGAAAGAAAUUCCGCCAAAGACCCGGUUGUGUUGUGGCUGAAUGGCGGGCCUGGAUGCUCCAGCUUCGAUGGCUUUGUCUACGAACACGGGCCGUUCAACUUCGAAGCAGGAAAGACUAGAAGUGCCCUUCCAACAUUGCAUUUGAAUCCAUACAGCUGGUCCAAGGUUUCAAACAUUGUCUACUUGGAUUCACCCUGUGGAGUUGGCCUGUCUUAUUCGACGAACUCUCAUAAUUAUGAUACAGGAGACCUACAAACAGCCGCUGCUGCUCAUGCUUUCCUACUGAAGUGGUUUGAGCUAUUCCCAGAGUUCAUCAAUAACCCAUUUUACAUUGCUGGAGAGUCUUAUGCCGGAGUAUAUGUUCCUACUCUCGCAGCUGAAGUAGUAAAGGGUAUAAAUGAAGGCGCUAAACCAGUUAUCAAUUUCAAGGGUUACAUGGUGGGAAACGGGGUAACAGAUGCGAAAUUUGAUGGCACUGCCCUUAUACCAUUUGUGCAUGGAAUGGGGCUAAUUUCAAAUGGUAUCUUUCAUGAAGUUUAUGCAAAUUGUGGGGAAGUCUACUACAACAACGAUAGUGAGAGUUGUUUGGCUAGCCUGCGUAAAGUGAAAAAGGCAAUCGGCAGUCUGAACAUAUACAACGUCCUCGAACCAUGCUAUCAUGAUCCAUUGAACAAGCAAGAUACAAAUUGGAGUAUGAUCUUACCAUUAAGCUUCCAGAAGUUGGGAGUAACUGAGAGACCUCUUGCUGUGAGGAAGAGGAUGUUUGGUCGUGCUUGGCCUCUGUGGUUACCUGUUAGAGAUGGCACUGUUCCAUUAUGGCCUCAACUGGCUGAAAAGUUUCACAUCGCCUGUGUUAACGAUGAAGUUGCAACUUCCUGGCUGAACGAUGACCGAGUUAGGAAAUCAAUUCACGCAGCAUUGGUAAAUGUGUCAGGUCCAUGGGAACUAUGCACUGGACGACUCAAGUAUCGUAGGAACUCUGGAAGUAUGAUACCUUACCACAAGAAUCUGACUACCCAGAAUUAUCGCGCGUUAAUUUUCAGUGGAGACCAUGACAUGUGUGUGCCAUUUACUGGAAGCCAAGCAUGGACUCAAUCCCUCGGCUAUAGAAUUCUGGAUGAAUGGAGGCCCUGGGUGUCAGCCAACCAAGUAGCCGGGUACUUACAAGGAUAUGAUCACAACCUCACAUUCCUCACCAUCAAGGGAGCAGGGCACACUGUUCCAGAAUACAAGCCCAGGGAAGCUCUGGAUUUCUAUACUUGCUGGCUGGAUGGAAACCCGAUCUAGUAGCUGGACAGCUUUCACUAGAUUGCUCGAUUUUCUCAUGAUAGCAACAUUCAUUAUCUCUACGCUUUAAGCCGCGAGAAGAUUACGAAUAUUAGGGACAGUGAGCAAUCUGUGAAUGCUUCAUCCUC